UAAUCAGGAAAUAUACUUAAAUAGUAUUCUAGGAACAAUAUGGCUUGUAUGAAGAUGAUAUUUAUAUUGAUAUUAUUAUGAUACAUUACGCGGUAUCGAAAGAAAAUACCCAUAUGAGUAUCAAUAGUACUGUCACCCUAGUAUCGAAUACCAAUUUACCCAGUAUCGAAACAGAAUAUCGAUACCAAGAUUAUAUCAGUAGGAUCGCAACAUUCCUAAUUGCGGUGCAACUCUUCCUUUUAUUUUGACGUUUUUUGCGAAUUUUUUGAUCUUGGAAGCAUCGCAUUUUCUAAAAUACCUCGAGUUUAAUACUAAUUAUAGUGUGUAAAUCUAUAAAUAAAAACAGUAGUUCAUGGAGGACAACAAAUCGACUUGAAAUGUCUCGCAAAGCUCAACCUAAUUGCUUGCGGUACUUUUUGUCGGCGCUGCGAUCAGACAGCUCGGGCUCUGCCACAGUGGAGGAGCUUGUACGAGCCCUUGUAGAAGUGGGAAACUAUGAGAAAUCGUUAGCCUCGGAGACUGUGCAAAAUGCCAUACACGAUAAGCUGCUGAAGCCGGCAAUAGCAAACAACGCUGGGUCAUCGCGUGUUCUCCGCCUACUGCGAUUUCCGAAAAUAGACGAAAUAAAGAACGAUGUCUCCCAUGACUUCUAUUGCUUUGAGUGCCACUUGCCUGGCUCAUUGACGCAUUGCCGUCAAUGCCCACGCUCAUUUCAUCGUCUAUGCUUUCGCAAAGAUCCAGAAAGACCCAACUAUCCAGUACCUUCCGGAAAAUUUCAAAAGAAUCGUCCACCAGCAUUCAGCUCUGAUACAGAGACUGACUCUGAUGCAGAAGGCACUGUACACGGAUCUACAUCUUUUGGCUAUGAGAGCGAUGUGCGUGCUUCAUCUUCCUUGCAACAACAGGAUCUAAGUUCAAUAAAUUGUUGGCCGCAGCAACGAUUUCUUGAAGAAGUUACAGUUGACAGCACAUCAUCGCCUGUGCAAGCAGUUUUUCACCGAGCGGAGGGAGUAUCAAGUGCAACCAAUUUAAAUAGCGGCAACAAAAUGGACGUAGAUGAGUUUGAUACAGAGUCCAAAACCAAAGUAGAAGUGGUUUGUUUGGGCGAAGUUCGUCCACCCACGCGGAAACGUCGGCGGACAAUUACCUCAAAUGUGUCGUAUAAAAGUGAAAUGUGCCCAAGUGAAGAAACAGAGCCUGAUUUAGAUUUGUGUACAUGCUGUCGUUUGUUAAAAACAGCAGAGCUGCGCCAUCCACCCAAUAUGCAACCAGACGAACUAUGUUAUCUGAUAGAUUUUACAUUUGAGCGGAAUCGCUCUUGGGUUGCACACGAUGUAUUAAGCUAUUUCGAAUCGACAAAAUUACCAAGCCAAUUGAUAUCGAUUGUUUCGAAAUUGCUCUUUAAAUUCCCUGAUAAGAGUCUUGACGGCAUAUCAGCUAAACUUAAAUCGUUGCAGUAUAAUCUGCUAACUGAAUUUUUUGUGGACAUCCUCGACUUGCAGCAUAAUAUAGGCAUCUUUUUUGGCCCUAAUGGUACGGAUAUGGAGGCUUCGAAAUGGUUGGUGCGUGACAUAGGAUACGAUUUGGCUGAAAUCCGUCGUUGUCCUGACUGUUUUCGUCAUUCACACGAAAAACAUUCAAGUGUUUGGUUUGCUAAGCCAUGCGUUCAACGCCAUGAAUUGGUUUUUGCCAAGCAUAGUGGUUUCUCCUAUUGGCCUGCAAAAGUUAUACGUCUUCUGCCAAAUAAUAAGUAUGAUGUCCGUUUCUUUGGAGGCAAUCAUUCGCGAGCGCUCAUCGAAUCGCGUUUGAUUCGCUCAAUCGACACAGAUAUUAAGUCAUUAAAAAUUGGUAAUAAACCGGCUAUUAAAAAAGCUCUGGAGGAAUUGCGCAUACAUCAGGUUCUGUCCGCAUAUCCGCCUAGUAUAUUUUCUUUUCACGCAAACAAAAGCGAAAUGGAGCAAAUCAUAAGAAACGCUUUGCAGAGAACAGCAGAUCAAUUCAUGGUAAACUCAUCUAAGGGAAGAAAGCUUCCGACACGUCGUCAAACAAUUUGUAAUACAAUGUCAACAGUCAGAAUGGACGCUUUUUUGGAUAUCUCAGGCGAUGUCAUAUCGUUGCCCGGGGCGGAUCCUCCGAUACUAAGUGAUAGCGGAUUUCUUAACGAUACAGAGACUAGAUUAAGGGAAAAAAGAGCUCAUGGCAAUCUAAAGAAGGCACCGAAACGAUUAACACGUUCCGCCAAUACAUUAGUGAGUGCUGCAGAUCUUAAACAGGUACAAGAUCAACUUGAUGAGGCCUUAAAGUUGGUUUCAGCAACACAGAGGAAGAAUGAAAAGUUGCUUGCAAACAUAGAAAAACUUAAGGAAUCGAUAAAGAAACACGAACAUGAAAAGAAAAUUCUUAAGCGAAAGCAAUGGUGUUAUUGGUGUCUCAAUGAAGCGAUAUACUUGUGUUGUUUUCGUGCUGCAUAUUGUUCGCAAGUUUGCCAAUCACGUCACUGGAAGGAUGGACAUAGUAAAGUUUGUAGGAAUCAAACAGAUCAACGCCAAGCUACUUCCACAACAUGAAAUUGCAAUAGAAACGGGUCUUCCAUUGUUAAGUUUUUAAGCAAUUUUUUAUAAUUGCUUUGACGCAAGUUGUGCC